AUGGCGCGCAUUCAUUCUCUUCGAAUACCCCCCCAGCCCAUCCCGGCCCCGGAGAUUCCUGAUAUCUCCGAUGAAGUUUUGCCAAGUCAUGAUAUUCCAAACGAAGAAAUCAGCAUAGCUGCUGUCCCAACUGGCGAUGAACUCGAAGAAGACCCGAGCAUAUGGCUUCCAGUCGGCGUGUUUGAUAAACAUCUCAUUUCAGAAGGAUACUUGAAGACAGAAACCACACUUCUCUCAGCAAACAACUGGAUUCGAACCCACACCAAGGAAACCAGUUCCAAUGUCCGGAUCUACAUCAAAACUUCGAUGACAGAUAGACGCAACUCACAGCGUUCUAUCACUAAGCUGCGCAAUGCUCUGAAAACUAUCAUGUCUAGACUGGACUCUUCACCCGAAGCGUGGGCUGGUACCCGCACAGCUGUCAGAAAAGAGCUUAAUGUGGCCAAUGGCGCCGAGGACGAGUCGCUGUGGUACAUUUUCAACACAUUGAAAGAUCCGGAUCCAGACCCUGAAACUAUGGAAGAUAUCUGGUCGAGGGACGCCAUGGAUGAAUUGUUAUCCGGUGAUGAUUUAUCAUACUAUGGGUUGAAAACUCGGCUGUAUCCGUAUCAGUGUCGAUCUGCUGCUAUGAUGAUUCAACGGGAGUGUCAGCCGGCUCGAAUGCUCGAUCCAAGGUUGCAGGCCUGGCAGACACCUACGGGUGUUGAGUACUAUUACGAUAAGGAGGAUGGCUGCAUUACUCGGGAUAAGGUGAUGUAUUCGGAGGCCUGUGGAGGUAUUCUGGCGGAAACUAUGGGCUGUGGGAAAACACUUAUCACCCUUGCUGUUAUCUGGGCCACUCAUGGACAUUUCCCGAAAAUUCCAAUUGAGUAUCUGUCUUCACCAGACAGACCAAAUCCUAUUCCAGUCAGAGAAAAGGUCGGAUCGCUUAUGGAUAUGGCUGCUGCUGCUGUGGGACGUCAUUCUCAACCAUGGAAGCAUUUCUUUUCCGAGAAGAAGAGACAUGGAAAAUUUUACGAACGAUGCAUUAGGGCUUGUGAACUAAAUUCUGGUUCUUAUGAGAUUCCUCAGCAUCAAACUAGAUACCAGGGUCGACACAGUGUGUCGUUUCCACGACCACCGCCGAAGCAUAUUCGCUUGUGUUCAGGAACACUAAUUAUCGUGCCGAAUAACCUGGUUGACCACUGGCAACGGGAAAUCGCUAAUCAUACCGAAGGCCUCAAAGUUCUGAUUCUUAGGCGAGGAGCUGAUAAAACCCCGUCAGCUGAGCAACUGUUUGACCUUGACAUUGUUCUAUUCUCCAAAACUCGGUUCGAGCGUGAAGCCGGCGAGCCCGUUCACAAUCGUCGCGAGAAACCUGUCCUGGUUAAAUCGUCUCUCACGGAGCUUCACUGGUUAAGAGUCGUUGUCGACGAAGGACACAAUGUUGGGAGUAAUGGGAAUAUGAUCCAUCUGCUGAAACAGCUUCACGUUGAGCGCCGCUGGGUAAUUUCCGGUACGCCGUCUACUGGACUCUACGGCGUUGAAGUUAGUCUCGCAUCACAAGAGGCAGCUACAAGCGACACUGAGACAUCAGAGCAAAUGACUGCAGCAGUGUUGAAGGGUCGGAAAAAGACCGGAAAUGCGGCGGAGAAUGAGUUGAAAGACCUUGAUCGGAUGAGGCGCAUUGUGAUAGACUUUCUGGACUUGAAACCAUGGUCCAACUCCCGAGGAGAUGACCCUGCUGAUUGGACAAAGUAUAUCAAGCCAUAUGGCGAGGAUGGCAAGCGGCGCAAGACACCAGCGAUCCGUGCGACCCUUCAAGGACUAGUGGUGCGACACAGAUUAGAUGUGAUCAACAAAGAGAUCACUCUUCCGAAGUUGUACAACAAGGUUGUGUAUCUCAAGCCCACAUUCUACGAUCGGUUAUCUAUCAACUUGUUUCUGUUUAGUCUUGCCGUUAACGCGAUCACAUCUGAACGCGAAGGCACAGAUUACAUGUUUCAUUCGAGCAACAGAAAACAUCUUAACCAAACUAUCAACAACUUGCGACAGGCUGGAUUUUGGUGGGUUGGCUCGGAUGUCAAAGUGGAAGAUACGGUUGACUCUGCCCUGAAAUAUCUCGAGAAGAAUCGCGAGAAGAUGGCCAGCGCGGACGUGGAACAGCUGAAUAAGGGAAUUGCCAUUGCCCAAAAAGCCUCGGAAUCAGGAACUUGGCAGGAGUUCAAGCAGCUGCAUGAGCUGGGUGUCUUUGUCCUGAAUUUCCCCGAAGCCUACAGAUCCCAUUGGGGGAUCGAUCCGCAGAGCACAGAUAAUAAUCCACUACUCGUCGGGAUCACACAGGCCUGUCGCGCUCAGCAAUACGUCACUGAAAACCUUCGUCUGACUGACCCUACCCAGGGAUUUGCUGGACGUGGUAUCAAAGUACGAUCGGAGCUUGUGAAGCGGGAUCAAAGUCAGACAAAGGGGGCUUCAGAGUCAGCAAAUACUCCAGUGACCCCAGGCCAAUUGAAUCACAGCCCCAAACCAUCAAAUAUCAAGUCACCCAAGAAGACAUUCGAACAGAAAAUUUUCCGUACCCUCCCCGAUGACUCCCCUCUUAAAAACACCCAAUUAAUCGCCACAGCAUCUGCCAAACUCACUUACUUGCUAGACCAAGUGUUUGAACUCCACACUUCAGAGAAGAUCAUCAUUUUCUACGACAACAACAACUCCGCCUACUGGAUCGCCGAGGGUCUCGAGCUAUUAGGCGUAGAAUUUCGCAUUUACGCCAGUACUCUGAAACCCGAGCUUCGCACCGAAUAUCUCAAGCUCUUCCGCGAGGCGGAUGAAGUCCGCGUUUUGCUUAUGGAUCUCCGACAAGCCUCGCACGGUCUUCACAUAGCGCAAGCCUCUCGAGUAUUCAUAUUAAAUCCAAUCUGGCAACCCAACGUCGAAAGCCAAGCUAUUAAACGUGCACACCGAAUUGGCCAGACAAGACCCGUGUACGUGGAAACACUCGUUCUCGAGGAUACGCUUGAAGACCGGAUGUUACGUCGACGGAAAGAGAUGUCCGAGGCAGAGAUGCAGCAAGCCGAGAAGAGUUUGUUAGAUGAUACCGCUAUGAGCGAUAUAAUCCAAAAUGAAGCUUUCCUUGAAAUGACGGAUGAGCGUGAAUCGGGCGCUGCAUACCUCCGACAUCCGACGGGAUUCUUUGAUCGACAUCGCUUGCCUAUUCCUGAUGAUGAGGUUGAACCGAGAACGACUGGGAAUAGAAAUGGGAAGCGCACUCGCCCGAUUCCAUUUCCUAUUCUUGAAUCGGAUGCCGAUUCAGAUGGGAGUCCUGCUGCCCGAGCUAGCAUCAAGACUAGAUUUGAUCAUCCUGAAUCUCCUACUCCGAAGAAACCGCGUAUCGGAUUUGCAGCUAGUGUGCAGGUAUUCGGGAAUGAAACCGAUGAGUCUGAUUCUGGGGACCGUAUGCGUUCAUCGGAGGAUGGAACUCCGUCAUCUCGAUCGCCUACUUCUCCACUUGCUGAGGAUGGGGGCAAGCGGAGUGAGAAGCGGGUUUCUAUUUUUGGACCUUGA